AUGCCAGAACGAAGACCGAGGAUCAGCAACCACAAAAAGACGACAGCUCAAGACAAGCAUCAGGUUGGAUUGAGUCAAUCGGAGCAUCGUGGUGUUCGUCGCAGGCCCUCCUCUCACAAUAAAAAGUCCAAAUCGAAUGAUUGCAGUGCCUUUUGUACUCCACGAAGGAAGGGUUCCGGGAGGACACUGGACUUGCACAUGGAUCAGCAGGCAUCGAUGUCGUCCAUCACCAUGGCCUUUGAUGACAUUUCCAUUGACUACUGUUAUGUAUUCUCCUCCUCGAGUGACAGGCAGGACAACAAGCCCAAGGUGGCCAAUAAGCCAACCAAGUCUACUACCGACACCCCCGAGUCGAAAAAGUCGAAGGAGCUUUCCGUCAAGGUUGAUUUAAUUCGCCGCAAACGCCUUGCGGCCGCACAGCAGAAAGCUCAAGAACAGAUGCAAAGUGCUGCUGACAAGAAACCAGCGAAACUGGAAAGAGCGCCGUCCUCAAGCAAACAACAACAACAUCCAGCAGAACCCAUGCCUCCAGUGCAGAAGUCGCCGUGUCAUGCCCCGAAGAAAGCAAUAAGGCUCUGA